UUCACCAGAAUCACUAGGUCGCUGUCCAGCUCCUUUGAGAGACGGACGUCAAGUUGGUUGGCAUCAUUUGGUGUGACAGUGAUGGAGUGGGUGGGGGAGGUAACUUCUGCUACACCAUCUGCUCCCUCCACUGUCAGGUGGAACCACGACACCACCGAUACCGUACCACUCUUCACCUGCUCCUCUUCUCCUGCUGGGACUGGUGCCAGCGGAUCAGUGGAGCCCGCGGGGGUGUAACGAGGCUUGAGGGUGGAUGGAAGAGAAAAGCGAACCCCACCCUCCGCGUCAACGCCCAGCUCCCCGACAAGCUGCAACUGUAUUUGCGCGUCCUUCCCCGGUGGAAGGUUGCCCAAUGCGAUGCUGAAAAUGUCGCCGCUCUUCUCCUCAGCU